AUGGGGAAUUGUUGCUCUCGUAGCAGUCCCGCCGAUGACGGCAACGGAAAGGGACACUCAGCGGUGGAUAAUGGAAACAACAAUCCCGGCAGCAGUUCUCGAGCUGAGAAUUCGAGGCAUUCGGCCUUCUCCGUGGGUGGAGGGGACUCCUCCAAGCAUUCCAAGUGUUCUGGAACCGGACCCGUGUUAGGCCGACCUAUGGAAGACAUCAAGGCCACCUACAACAUUGGGAAAGAAUUGGGUAGGGGACAGUUUGGGGUCACACAUUUGUGCACUCACAAGCAAACCGGCGAACAGUUCGCUUGCAAGACCAUUGCCAAGAGGAAACUUGCUAACAAGGAGGACAUGGAGGAUGUUCGAAGGGAGGUGCAGAUCAUGCACCAUUUGACGGGCCAGGCCAACAUCGUGGAGCUCAAGGGUGCUUACGAGGAUAAACAUUCGGUUCAUCUUGUGAUGGAGUUAUGCGCCGGUGGCGAAUUGUUUGAUCGGAUCAUCGCUAAAGGCCAUUACACCGAGCGUGCAGCUGCUUCUUUGCUGAGAACAAUAGUUCAAAUCGUGCAUACAUGUCAUUCCAUGGGCGUCAUUCAUAGGGAUCUCAAGCCUGAGAAUUUCUUGUUGUUGAACAAAGACGAAAAUUCCCCCUUGAAGGCUACGGAUUUCGGUCUAUCAGUCUUUUACAAGCCAGGUGAAGAAUUUAAAGAUAUUGUUGGCAGUGCAUAUUAUAUUGCACCUGAAGUCCUAAAGAGGAGAUAUGGACCAGAAGCUGAUAUAUGGAGCAUUGGAGUUAUGUUGUACAUUCUUCUCUCUGGUGUUCCUCCUUUUUGGGCAGAAUCCGAAAACGGGAUAUUCACUGCAAUUUUACGUGGCCAAGUCGAUUUCACGAGUGCUCCAUGGCCUAAAAUCUCAGCUCCAGCAAAAGACCUUAUUAAGAAGAUGUUAACUUUGGAUCCCAAGCAGAGGUUAACAGCAGUUCAGGUUCUAAAAAAUCCAUGGAUCAAGGUGGACGGUGAAGCACCCAAUACACCUCUCGACAACGCGGUGCUGAACAGGCUCAAACAGUUCAAAGCAAUGAACCAGUUCAAGAAAGUUGCUUUAAGGGUCAUUGCGGGUUGUUUAUCGGAGGAAGAAAUCAUGGGAUUGAAGGAGAUGUUUAAAGGCAUGGACACUGACAAUAGUGGGACAAUUACACUUGAAGAAUUGAGGCAAGGUCUAGCUAAGCAAGGAACAAAACUCUCUGAAUACGAAGUUAAACAACUAAUGGAAGCUGCCGAUGCAGAUGGAAACGGAACCAUAGACUAUGACGAGUUCAUCACGGCCACAAUGCAUAUGAACCGAAUGGAUCGAGAAGAACAUCUCUACCAUGCCUUCCAACACUUUGACAAAGACAACAGCGGAUUCAUCACGACUGAAGAACUAGAGCAAGCUCUACGUGAAUAUGGCAUGCAUGAUGGCAGAGACCUAAAGGAGAUCCUUACUGAUGUAGAUACUGACAACGAUGGAAGGAUCGACUACGAUGAGUUUGUUGCAAUGAUGAGGAAAGGAAACCCCGAAUCGAACCCGAAGAAGAGGCGUAACGACGUAUUCAUCUGAUUUUUGGAGGUGAUCGAAGGAACUGGAUCAAAACUGAGAAGGAAGGCAUUGUGAAUAUUUCCUUGAUUAGCAGCAGACGGAGAAGAGAUGAUGAUAAGGAAUUCUUGAGAUCAAGGGCAAUGCAGAAUUUGUACAUUACAAGCUAA